AUGGAUGAUGCUUUUAACCAAGAGUUGCACCGAGAAAUACUGUGUGAUCUCAACACUUUGAAAGAAUUAAUUCAAACAAAUCUUCCACUAUUGAAUGAACAACAGAAGUAUGUAUUUGAUACACUUAUGAAAGUAACAAAUGAUAAAACAGGACGAUUUUCCUUCUUAGAUGCACCUGGUGGUACAGGAAAAACUUUUUUAAUUUCAUUGAUAUUAGCAAAAAUUUCCUCACAAAAUAAAAUUGCACUUGCACUCGCUUCGUCUGGAAUUGCAGCAACUUUUCUUGAAGGUAGUCGAAUAGCCCAUUCAGUACUAAAAUUACCAUUAAACAUGCAAAGCAAUGAAACUCCAACCUGCAAUACUUCGAAGACGUCUGCUAUGGCAAAGGUUUUGCAGCAAUGUGAAUUGAUUGUUUGGGAUGAAUCCACGAUGGCACAUAAAAAAUCUUUGGUGGCUUUAGAUAGAACCUUACAAGAUCUACAGAGCAAUUAUAACCCAUCUGGAUUGCUAACUCACAAUCUUCAAUUAAAGGUUAGAUUGGUGGUUAUAAUGUUAAGAAAUAUCAACCAACCGAAUCUUUGCAACGGCACACGGUUAGCGAUGAAAAAAUUAUUGAACAACAUGAUAGAAGCAACUAUACUGAAAGGAAAGUAUAAAGGAGAAGACGUUUUGAUACCACGCAUUCCAAUGAUUACGACGGAUGUACAAUUUGAAUUUAAACAACUACAGUUUCCAGUGCAGCUUGCUUUUGGUAUGAUGAUAAAAAUGUUCCAGGGACAAUCAUUUGUUUGUGGUAUUAAUCUAGAAAACCCAUGUUUCUUACAUGGUCAAUUGUAUGUUGUCUGUUCUCGUGUUGGAAAACCAUCAGAUUUGUUUGUAUAUUCACCAGAUUCUCAUUUGUCGGGUCUAAUUGACAUAGUUGAUGAUAUUCUACCAAUAUUCAAUAAAUGCAAUUGUGAAAAGCAAUUAGAUGGAAUAUACAGUCAAGUACAUCAAAUUUACAACGACAUAUCCGAAUUAAGCUGCGAAAUUGACGAUAUAAAAAAAGAUAUGGACAAUCUAGAACACAAAACUUGCGGACAACAUUCCAUUCUUACCUCACUUAAAGUUGAACUUGGUGAAAUCAGGAAAAAUCAAACAGAAACACUCAAUUUGCUUAAUGUACAAACGACUUUCUUACAAAAUAUUAUGGUUAACUUAAAAGAAAUGGAAGAUGCAGAAAGUAAAAUAGACAACCAUGUUGAUAAACAAACUGGCAGUAUACACAACUUAUACCAAAUAGUAUUUAAUGCUCAAAUUUGUUUAAAAAAGUAA